UUUUAUAUAUCUGGCAACCAAGUUGGAGAAAAAUCUCUGCUUUCUCACUACUCACACAUGGACAGAUGUGCAGAGUGACUUCAGGAGUGUGUGAGAGAGUGUGAGAGAGUGAGAGCGUGUGUGUGAGAGUGUGUGAGAGAGUGUGUGAGUGUUAGCCCGGUUCUUUCUCGCUUGUUUGCUCCGUCAUGUCCCGCUCGAGGCUGAUCCUGAGUGCGGUGCUCGCGCUGUGGGCGUGCGGCUCGUGCAGCCCGGGGCCGGUGGAGGAUGUGCGCGUGGACCCGUACUCACGGCCGAAGCGCUGCAUCAGAGAGGUGAAGAGAGGAGACCUGGUGAGGUAUCACUACAACGCCACGUUUACUGACGGGAAACAGUUCGACUCCAGUUACGACAGAGGCACAGCGUUCUUCGUGAAGGUCGGUGACGGACGUCAGCUUGCCGGAGUGGACAAAGGCAUCGUGGGAAUGUGUGUGAACGAGCGCAGGAAGAUCACCGUCCCACCACACCUGGCUUAUGGCAGUCAGGGAGCAGGUGACACCAUUCCUGCUGACUCGACUCUGGUGUUUGAUCUUGUCCUACUCGAUAUCUUCAACAUGGCCGACCGUGUAAAGACGCAGGUGAUCAAGACGCCGCAGAACUGCACGCGCUCUGUCACGAGGACCGAUUUCGUCCGCUUCCACUUCAAUGGAAGUCUACUAGACGGCACGCCGUUUGACUCCAGUUACGAUCGCUCUCAGACGCAGGACAAUUUAAUCGGAGAUGGCUGGUUGAUUAAAGGACUGGAUGAAGGGCUGUUAGGGAUGUGUGUGGGGGAGAUCAGAAACUUCGUCAUCCCUCCAUUCCUGGCCUUCGGAGAGAAAGGAUACGGGAAAGAGAUCCCGCCUCACGCCACGGUGGUGUACGACAUCCUGCUCGUGGACCUGCACAACCCUAAAGACGACAUCAGCGUGGAGGUUCGGGAAAUCCCCGAGCCCUGUACGCGCAAAUCUAUAGCGGGAGACUACGUCCGCUACCACUACAACGGCACCUUCCUCGACGGAGCCGCCUUCGACAGCAGUUACGAGCAUAACAGUACGUACAACACGUACAUCGGGCUGGGCUACGUGAUCUCGGGCAUGGAUAAAGGGCUGCAGGGCGUGUGUAUGGGCGAGAGGAGGAGGAUCACCAUGCCGCCUCACCUGGCGUACGGACAAGAAGGAGCAGGUAAAGAAAUCCCCGCCUCGGCCGUGCUGGUGUUCGAUAUCCACGUGAUCGACUUCCACAACCCGAAAGACUCGGUACAGGUGGACGUGACCUUCAGACCCGAGGUGUGUAACGAGACCAGCCAAGUUAACGACUACAUCCAGUAUCACUACAACUGCACGCUGAUGGAUGGUACACUGCUCUUCACGUCGCGUGAUUACAGCGUUCCUCAGGACGUGCUGUUAGGAGGAGAUAAAGUGAUCGACGGUCUGGAUGAAGGUCUGAGAGGGAUGUGUGUGGGUGAGAGGAGGACCAUCGUCAUCCCGCCGCACCUGGGACAUGGAGAGAAAGGAGCGGGAAGUGUUCCAGGCAGCGCUGUGCUGCGCUUCGAGCUCGAGCUCGUCUCCAUACAGAAAGGCGUUCCUGAAGGUUACCUGUUUGUUUGGCUGGACGAGACGCCCGGGGCGAUUUUCAAUGCUUUGGACAUAAAUCAGGAUAAAGAAGUUCCACUGGAGGAGUUCUCAGAGUUCAUCAAGCGUCAAGUGGCAGAGGGUAAAGGUCGCCUGAAACCAGCUCGGGAUCCCGAGAGCGUCAUCGGAGACAUGUUUAAAAACCAGGACAGGAACGGGGACGGACGGAUUACGGCCGACGAGCUGAAACUCAAAGCGGAGGAAGACGCUGAGAAAGCUCUGCACGAAGAGCUGUGAGAGAGAGAGUCUCUGGGUUAUAAAUACAGCCAGAAAUUCUAUUCACACACACACACACACACACACACACACGUGUGCAUUAAACCAAUUCCUCUCGGAGACGAAAACCAAUCAGGAUUUUGUCUUUUUUUCUAAAAACAAAAAAUAUCAGCGCAUCUAAAGUGUACUUGCACUGUUUUUUUUUUUAAUGUAUUAUUUGUAUUUUGUAAACAAGAAAAUAAUGUGGCCUUCGUUCUCCAUUCCGUACACAUGGAAAGAUGUGACAGACGUUAUUUUAUUAUUAUUUUAUUUUCCAUUUUGUACUAAAGCUGUUUGGUGUGAACUGGGAAAUGUUCCUUUGUAUAAACUGUGCAGGUUUCUGUUGCAAAACAAGUUCAAUAAAUAAAUAAA